CCUCCUCUCCUCAACCCACUGGCUGGGAGGGCUCUCUAUGGUGAGACCCCCUCCUCUCCUCAACCCACUGGCUGGGAGGGCUCUCUAUGGUGAGAGUGUGUCCCAGUCUGUGAGAAAAUAAAACAUGUUUACCUUUGCCUCUGGGUUGCUGGGAUGCGAUGAUAUUGAUGGUUGUCUUCCGGAGAGAUAAGAUCUUCUCUGUCCCUGUAUUUACCUGAGCUACAGCCUGUCCAUCCUGUCCUCCUGUACUGCAGUUGGAAUGGUCACCAAACCCUCCAACGAACAGUCCCAAGACUUCUCCAUCCAUAACGAGGACUUCCCUGCACUGCCUGGUCCCAACUACAAGGACCCCACGUCCAACAACGACGACAGCAAAACGAAUCUAAACUCUUCAGGUAAGACUUCCAGCAGCACAGAUGGGCCCAAGUUCCCCGGGGACAAGAGCUCAACAGCCCAGAACAACAACCAGUUGAAGAAAGGCAUACAGGUGUUACCGGACG